ACCUAUAGCUAGAAGUUCCACACAGAAAAUACUUGUACAAAUAUACCUAAACAUCUCUAAGUUGGGUAUAUAAAUAGAGCACCAGCUUUGUGCAUUUCUCUCAUUCUAGUCCACCACAAUUCUCUGUACUCUGCUGCUGAGCCAUGGACAGAGAACAGAUGAUGUGGCGAAUGCGGCUCGAGUCCGCGGUCCGGACCGCCGUGGCGUGCACCAUAGUAGGCUGCAGCACCCUCUAUGGUCCCUCACAUCUCCGGAGCCACGUCACAUUUCCCGCGUUUUCUUAUGUCACCGCGAUACUUAUUUUGUCUGAUGCCACGUUAGGGGACUCUUUGAGGGGGUCAUGGCAUGCCUUGUGUGCCACGGUUCAGGUGGUCCCGGUUUCCAUUUUGAGUCUGUGGAUUAUUGGACCGGCUAGUGCUGCUCUGGCAGUCGCGGUGAUGGCCUUUCUCAUCGCGGUGCCAGAGAGGACUAACAUUUUGUCUAAGAGGAUCGCGUUUGGCCAGGUUGUGAUUGUUUAUGUUGGCGCUGUGGUUUAUGGUAGCGCGGCUGGAGCUGUGAUCCACCCUUUGCAUGUGGCCUCAAGUACUGCACUUGGUGCUCUGGCUUCUGUCGUUGCCGCGCUCCUGCCAUUCCCCCGCCUAGCCAGCAAUGAGGUAAAGAAGCUACUUCAGCUGUAUACUCAAAAUGCUUCUGCAAGGACAAGCCUUUUUAUCAAAGCAUUCUUAAGCCAGGACAAGCAGUCAGCAACCGAAGCUAUAUCCCAAUCUAAGCCCUUUAAUGAAACUGGUGACAAGCUUCUUCAGAGCAUAAAACUCAUUCAGGAGGGUUUGUCAUGGGAGAGUCCGCUUAGAAACUUGAGACACCAGCUCAUGGAUCCUAGAGAUCAGAUGCAGGACAUAGAGACGGCGAUAAGUGGGAUGGAGAUGGCUUUAGUUUCUUGCCCCUCGUUCCCGGUGAGCUUCAUAGAUCAAGAGCUUAACGCAAGCUUACGAGGGAUGGAUAUACAACUUGGACUAAAGCUCGGGGAAGCUCAGCCUGCACAGGGCCUUUUUCCUUCAGAAACUAUCACCACUCCACAUACAAAGAAUGAAUAUUUUGACAAAGCCAUCCAGUCCCUUGCCAAAUUCUAUCCUACACAAAAAGAUCUACCUACUAUAUUCCAAUUAUUUUGCAUAGGAUUCUUAUCUGAUUCGAUGAGAUCCAAAUCUUCAGAAUCUGCUUCAGACGAUAAUCAGAAACUUCACGAAGAAGAAUUGACAACUUCCCCUGAACAACCUAAAAGUUCUGGCAUUUCAAAAAUGCUCCCCAGUACCAAAGGACUGUUAUUUGCAUUCAAGUGUUCCCUUUCUUUAGGUCUGGCUGUGUUUUUUGGUACAAUUUUCAGCAAGGAAAAUGGUUACUGGUCUGGACUCACAAUUGCCAUCAGUUUUGCCACUGGAAGGCAGCCAAUAUUCACAGUAGCCAAUGCUCGGGCACAGGGGACAGCAAUGGGCUCAGCUUAUGGUGUUGUGGGUUGUUUUCUUUUCCACAAGUUAAUGGAGUUGCGAUUCCUGACGCUUCUACCUUGGAUCAUAUUUGCCAGUUUUCUUAAAAACAGCCGAAUGUAUGGCCAAGCUGGUGGUAUUUCUGCUGUUAUAGGAGCCCUACUAAUCCUAGGCAGAAAGAACUACGGACGUCCAGAUGAAUUUGCCAUAACUAGACUCACAGAGGCAUUUAUUGGACUAUCAUGUUUAAUCAUGGUAGAGUUCGUCCUUCAACGAGCAAGAGCAGCAACUCUUGCAAGAAACCAACUCUCCGCGAGCUUGAAGGCACUUGAAGAGUGCAUACAGCAUAUUGUUUUUCCUUCCCACCAGAAAGACAAGCCUGAUUCAAUGCCACUUCAGGAGCUGAAGGCAAAGCAAAGAAUGCUAAAAUCACAUGUCAGUGACCUUGAAGAACUGAAAAAAGAUGCUGAGAUGGAGCCCAAUUUCUUUUAUUUGCCUUUCCGUGUUGCAUGCUAUGACAGGCUCCAAGGGUCAUUAUCAAAGAUGGUCAUUCUAUUGCAGAUAGUAGCCAGCGUAUUAGAAAACCUUCAACUCGUAUCAGAAAAAGCUGGUGAUGGAUGCAAGGAGAUUCAAGAGCUCAUGAUCAGUGAUCUACAACUUUUUAAGGCAGACAUAAGCACUUCCUUAAAAUGUUAUGAAAAAAUCACCAAGAUCAAGUCACUUGCAUGUUUUGAGAAAGGUCGACAAGAGGGUAAAAUAUUUCAUGACCUCGAGGCAGGGGAAGUGUCAAGUGUGCAUAGUUCAACAAAAUGUGGUGACGUGGCUGAAAAUAUAUUGAACUCUUAUGUUGAACACUCAAUGCAGCUGGCUGAGAAAGUCUGCAACAGUGAAUGCGAGGACUUUGUCAAGGGAAAAAUUGUUCUGUUUUUGGGUUCUUUAGGUUUCUGCUUGAAGAGUGUGAUGAAGGAAACAACAGAGAUUGAGAACGGAAUAAAGGAACUGAUUAGGUGGGAAAAUCCUUCAAGACACAUAAACUUCUAUGAAAUUUUCAGUAAAAUAGACGCGGCAUGUCCAUAAUGACUUAGCUUAAUUCACUGUUAGAGUGAAAUAGUAGGUUAUGAUUAUGAAAGCAAUAUUGUAAAAUAAAUUAAGGAGCUAACAACCUAGUAUUGGAUAUAUGUAUACUGUAUACAUGUAACUAUGGAACCAUUUAUAUAUAGAUAGAGUUAUUCGAGGCA